UGUUGUGAUGGGUUUAUAUCUGACAAGGUGUUGUUUCUAGGGGGUCAUACAAGUGUUGGUCCUCCCGUGACAUGGAACUACAGAAGUAAACAUCAGAGAUAGUACAGUGUUAAUCACUUCCAUUUAUGUUGAAACACCUGAUGGUCAUUACUGUAUAGCCAUUACACGGAGUCUCACUACAGCUAAGGCCUCCACUACUUGGAGCACCUGCCUGAAUUCUAAAACUUAUACAGCUGGGGAUUGAGUUGUAAUCUGGAUUUUUUCCCUCUCCUGAUAUCAGGGACCAGUAGAAGUAAGUGUGUAAGAAAUAAAUGUGCUUGUGUAACAGAAGCAGUAGUGAAUAUUUUGAUAAAUCCCCACUCCCAGUCAGGUCAGACUACGAGAGUGUGUGUGUUGUGUUUUCUCCAUUAUCAGACUGGCUAGAGAAAGAGAGUGUUCUAAUCUUGACUCUGCCAGUGUACAAUGUGUCGCACAGAGGGAGAACCUUAAUGAAAUCCUCCACUGACCUGCCAAGGACACACAAACUGACCACAAUGAGUCCAGCAGGUGCCCUCAGGAGAUAAGGCUCCCCCAGUCACUUAGUGUUGACCCAGUGGUGAUAAUAUUGUGGAACCUUAUCUAACCUUGUCAGAGAAGGGAACUAUGUUGUUGGGGGGAGGGGAGGGUUAGGAGGCCCGCUGAGGGGGGACCAUGCUGCCUUUUACUACAUGUGUGUGUGGGAGACAGCGGUGGACCGUUAUACAGGGGAGGAUUAAGCUGGUUCACUCACAUUCAGAGGACACAGAGAGACGAGGCGGAAUAUCCUUUGGGCAGGACGAUAACAAUGCUAUUUAUGUCAGAAUGCUGGGUGAUGUCCGUUUGAGGGUGACAUCAGAAAGGGAGAAGGCAAAUCUUCAUCCUCACGACCUCAAACUCUUAGAAAGUAGGUCAUUAUUUACCUAAUUAAUUAAGCAUGCAUCUCAGAUAAUGUAAAACAAGUUUAAUGUAAUACAGUU